CAUUGUCCUUGAAAUUAGACAUCUGCUUCCUUGGUAACUGCGUUGCAUAAACAACGCUAUGUAUUGUUGGAUCACACAGAAUCAUACCGCAAAACGGAAAGUUUUGGUUUGAAAGAAAACGGCGUGAGUUCACUAACGCCUAUAACAUUGCUGUCCUCUCCUUCGGCUAUGGCGUCUGUCUUAUACCGGAUGCCCAGCAAGGCUACCAGAAGCCAGCAGGCAAAUUUAUUGUUGUUUUUUGAAUAAUAUAUACGGUGUACCGAAUCUGGUUGAUUUUCUAACACUGUAUACUGAUGAAGUACGCUACCUCUGACAGCAACAGUUGUCUAGUUGUAACUGUAAGGAACAGAGGACCAGGCAUCGGUGAAAACCAGGCAAACAAGAAAAGUGUGCAAUUUUUCCAAGUCGAAAAUCCACAAUGCAGUUUUCGGGGAAACCGCAAGUAUUGCGUCGAGUCAGCCAAGUGCCGUCAGUGCUAGCGUUUUCUCAGACUGCUCCAGAUGCCAAUCGUUUUGGAGAAUCCAUUCGUAUCCUUUUACGAUGGAAGGGGAGCGUUUACAAGGCAAUAUGGAAAGACCUGCUGGUGUACUACGCACUCUAUUACUUGCUCACUAUUUUACACAAUUUCGUUCUCGGCGAUGACGGCAAAAAAGCGUUCAUGGUUUUGGCAAAAUACUGCUUACGAAACUCAAAUUCCAUCAAUCUAAUGAUUAUGUUGUCGUUUUUCACUUCGACCGCUUUGCAACGCCUUUUUACCGUGCAAACCAUGAUUCCGGGGACAGCUAAAGUUAUCACGUUUUUCGUUAUGUCGCUCAAACCAAAUCUACCUGAGGGCCCUAUUAUUGUUGAACAAUUUGCACGCUGGACGGUAAUUGCAUGGAUUCUCACUUUCCGUGUAGUGUGUAAACCAUUACGGACCAUGUUUCCGAACAUGAUUUCUCUUCAAGUAGCCGGAAUCAUUAGAGAGAAAGAACGAUUGAUUCUAGAGAGAGUAGAGACUGAGCACAAUACGACACCUCGCGCUUUAGUCGUGAUUGACUGGAUGAUCUUGUUACUGAAAGAAACCUCGAUACACAAUCGUUUUACAGAGAAAUCUAAUCAUUUAAAAUCCCUUGAUGUUGUAAUGUCCUUUAAGAAGAGCUGCGGAAACACGAUAAAGUUUGCAACAAAGAAUAUUCCAUACGCCCUUAUUCAGGCUGCCAUCAUAGUCGUCUAUACUUACGGAUUGAUGACACUUAUGGCUCGUAAUUUCGAUGAUGCGGACAGUGCUGGAUUCAUGACGGGCAUUGUAAAUUAUUUCCCGAUUAUUCCCAGCUUGCAGUUCUUUGUUUUUCUUGUUUGGUUGAAUUUUGGUCGAAUUGCUGUGAAUCCUUUUGGAACGGAUGAGGAUGAUAUCGAUGUUAACCUACUUCUUGAGACUCAUAUUCAGGAUUCUUAUCGGUUAGCAAAUCUGUAUACUCAGGAUUUGGAAAGUGUUUUUGGUGCUAUGCCUCAGAAACAGUAUAACGAAGCACCCUCUUCCUAGCUCCUUUUGUCUGCUGAAACGCUGAAACAUUUGCAGAAACAAUCUCAUCCUAUAGCGCAUUGUGCGUGCAAAGUAACUUUAAUGGAUUUCUCCUUUUAUUUAUAUGUCUUUUUUAAGCAACUUGCCUCUUCUUCCUCUCCCAAAGAAGUGAUUUAAAUUAUAGGUCAAUUUCAAUUGUAUAAACGAUAUUAAAUAGUGUAUAAGUUCCAGAAUGUUAGUGAACUUUCCUCAGCAUACCAGAAACUGAUUGGGUACAUAUACAACGGCGAAGAACUGAUCACUAAAAGGCGUUCGUGUCCUUCCGACUGGUGAUUUACUGCGUCCAACCAUUCUCGUGGCGUAAAACGGAAAGUGCUGGUAUGAAAUUGUAUCCUUAGGUUAUUCACAGCAAAAAUUUCUUGCAAAUGUCGAAAGGAGGACUGUUAAUACCUUCUGUUUUUCGAUCGUGAUUUGGUGAUCAAAUUGCCAACAGCGGUUCUCUAUCGGUAACAAUUUAGCAAUUAUAGCUAAAUUUGCGCCAAUUUCAUCCGUGUGGACUACAUAAAUUUUGCAGGAUCGAUCAAGCUUAUUCGAAAACAAAGGUCGACAGGAAGAAAAGGGCAGAGAAGAAAAAUUACGUAGCUCACACCACAUAGUGCUACAAACUAUCUGAAUGCUCACUGCAAACGGCUACAACGUAAAAGCAGGUUGUAU